AACAAGCCGGAAAAAAAAUUAAUUCAAUAAAAGUAGAGCCAAUUAAGAGAAUUAAUGAUAAAAAUAAAGAGGUUGAUAACUUAGUUAUUAAGCAAAUUGUUAAAGGCGAAAUUAAUGCUCUUCCAAAUGGUUUUCAAAAAGCAAGCGAAAAUGAAGCCGAGAAACUUCUCGAUAGUUUAAAAAGGACAUUAAAGGCUCGGCAGAAACUGGAAGAAGCGAUUGAAGCCACACCAAAAGCCAAAACUAGUGGGUUGAUUGAAGAAUUGGAGGGUAGGAGCGGAGAAAUUAAGUUAGAAGACAUUACAGAAGUUUUGCAGAAACUCCAAGAACCCAACCUUUCUGACGAGGAAAAAACAACUAUUAAUGGUGCUACUGACCGAGAAAAUUUAAAAGAUAUCCAAAGAGAAAUUCGUGCCAAACGCAGCGAAUCCCCUUGGGAAAAAUUUUUCCAAAAACGCGAGAUUAAAGAAGAAAGCGAUAAAAAAAUUUGGCAAGGUGCUUAUUCUACUCUAAAAGGAUAUGAAGAAGCUGAAAACUAUUUAUCCAAGGUUCUAGAAAAAGAUGCCGAUAAUAAUGAAAUAUUUUUUGCGGCUCAUAAGAUUGAAAAUGAAGAGCAAAAAAAUAAUUGGAAAAUUGUGGCCGGUUCCAAAGUUGAAAAGGCUAAAAAAAUUUGGAGUAAUGAUAAAUAUCACCAAAAAGAUAUUAAUAAAAUUUCAGAAAUAUUAAAAGAAAUUUCUAUUACUAAUAAUUUAACCGACUUUCGGAAGAUUGACUUGGAUAACCUAGGUUAUGAUGAAAAUUUUGUCCCUGCUGAUUAUGGACACAAUAAAAUAAAAGA